GCCAUUUAUGUUCCAAAGUGACAUUAUGGCUUCUAUCGACUUACCCGUUACGGUGUCUGCAACUGCAGACACAUCUUUAACGCCUAACUGCAAGAAUUCGCCUGAUCGUACCAUAGAGACUUUCAAUAUACAUACUUUAUCUAUAAGCACAGUAUAUCAAUCUGAUGGUGAAGCAUCUCCUGAUUCUUGUGGUUAUUCCGCAUCGGAUGACAUUGGUGGAAAGUCAUCAUCAUCUGCAUCCUUUGGGACCACUUUUUUACCUACACCUAAUGCAACAACGAUUCAGGGCCCAUCUGUUGAAAACUGCUUUACUCGUGUAGAGCGUGGUCAUAAGUCAAAUGAAAAUCUAAAUAAGAUUAUAUCUGAGUUUUGUGAUAUUGGUUUCGAAUAUGCCAAUCGUUUACAAAAUCUCGCCAAUCGCAUAGACACCGGUUUUACAGGUGAAUCUUCAGGUGCAACAACAGUUCUUAACGCUUUUAGGUCAUAUCUAAUAAAGAUAGGUGAGAAUCAUCGUGAGUUUGUAGACGCUGUACAACAUGAAUGUGUUAUUCCUCAAGAUGGUGCUAACGUUUGCGUUAAACUUCGGAACGAUUACAAGCAGGUUAUGUCGCGUUAUGAAUCUUCAGAGGCUGAGCGUUCCUCUUUAGUUGCAUCUGUUGAGGAUAUGUAUCUUCAGACCAAAACUGCUGUAGCCAUGUGUUCGCAGGCAUUUCAUGAGCCUCCAUCGGUUAAAACAGGUCUUCAUGCUGGUUUAAUAUCGGUAUUUGUCAAGUUUAUGCAGAAGAAUAGUGAAUUAAAUUGCAUUACUUCACAUGAUUCACGUGUUAUCUUUGAUAUUGAGAAUAAGAAGGUUGCUGCGGAUUUGCGCGAGCUUGAUACAACUCGUUUAUGCGGUAUGCGUGAUAGUCUUUCUAAGUUUUUGGUGUAUGAAACAGCUCGUGUUCGUAACUUACAGUAUGAUAUGAACCAGUUUAUUACUGUUUUGGAUACUUUGAAGCCAGAUUUGGAAUGGUCUGAAUUUGAGUCUAGGGGUUACCGUGAGCUGGAAGCCUCAUCUUCGUCUAUUGGUACUAAUGCCAGUUAUUAUGCAAAUUAUUUACAAAACACAAUUCCUGAGGUCUUUAGAAACUAUGCCGUAUCACGUUUAGCGUUGUCUGCCCCAAAGCAGCGUGUAAUUCAGCGCAUAAGCCGUUCUUUAACGAAGUAUAUCGAUUCUGUAUGGAAUGACACCCCGGACAGCGUUUCUAUGUGUGAUUUUGUUGGUGAGAUGCAAUCAUCUUUGGUGCGUCAAGUAUUCUGCAACCUCGUAACAACUGAAUCUUUACGUGAGAACAAGUUGCGAUCUGUCUCUGCAUUGAAGUUAUUAGCACGUUUAUUUGGUGCAUUACUGUCAUUUUCUCAACGUCAAAGUGAUGCUUGGAGUGGCUUUGCGGUAUUGAAGGUUUCUGACUUCAUUUACGCUAUGGAUGAAUCGGAUUCAAGUCAACCUCAGCGUAGAUCUCUACGGCUGUUCCUCUAUUCUCAUGAAUAUUGGAGCCGAAUUACAUUUUGGGAGGAGUGCCUUUUGAUUGCUAUAGCUCAAGAUAUGACUGCUUUAUUUGAUGGUGUCAGUCCUGAUAAUGUUUUACGUCCAGUGACCAGGGAACUGCUUGGUUUUAAGCAGUGGAUGCUGAAUUUUGGCAUAAAUUACGUGGAAGCCACUGCUUUGAUCGAGCGUGUGUGCUCACGUCUAUCACUUCCUAGUGACUACACACAGGCAUUGCUGGAGAGUGGCCACGUUAGCCACGAUUAGAGUUUUUGAU